UUUAAAUAAUAAACAUGCUUCACAUGAAUAUAUUAACAACUCUCGCCGUAUUGGGCAUUUGCCUGCUCUCAGCUCCGAUGCAGUGCAUCAAAAUCGGCGUCUCAAGGGGCGACAACACUACCGCUGCAACAACACCACUAACAUCACCAGCAACAACAACAACAACAACAACUGCAGCAACAACAGCAACAACUUCGACUACAACAGAAUUUGCAGCAACAACAACAGCAAUAGACAAUUACGAUUUGGAUAUGAAUACUACUUUCAGUUCCUUAAUAGACGCUGUGACCACGCCCAGUCAAACGUUUCCGCCCCGACGAAAGGCGUCCAAGCCACGCACCACUGCAGCGCCCACACAGCCCACGACACCUGCCGUUGCUGCCACAGCAAACAGCUUCAAUGCCAGCACAGCUCCAGCAUCUGCUUCGCCUCGCAAGGACACGAGCUUCUAUUACUGCUCCUGCGACCUGCGGCAGGAUCUGUGCGAGGUCAACUGCUGCUGCGAUCGCGACUGCUCGCAGGAGUCGCUGCAGGUCUUCAGCUGCCUGCCCGAGCAGCACACGCGCCUCGAGGACUUUCAGUAUAAUCAUGGACUGCCCACGUGCCAGAUCAGCGACGGCUGGCUCUGCGUCUUUCGCAGCCAUGCGAAACCAGCCAAAAUGCAGACCCCAAGCCAAAACUUCGAUUCCAAAGACUACAAUAGAUGGCCGGAACAGUUGGAUGCCUUUGAGACAGCGCUGCCGGCGCCACCAACGACGUCCCACUACAAAUUCGGCCAGGCGCUGCAGCUGUGGCAGCCCGAGAGCAAAUCAUUAGCCAACUGGGAGCUGCCCAUGGCCUAUGAGAGCACGAGCUGCCAGUUGAAGCAAACGUUGCUGUAUCUGCAGCCAAUGGAGAGCAGCUGCCUCCUCGCCGAUGCCACGCAAUUGCAAAUGAAUCUCUGGAGUCUGCUCAAUCUGACCAACAGCCAUCAGUUGCUCUCGCGGCCCAGAGAGCUGGAGGAGCAGCAGGUGCAUGGCCUGAACAUAACGAUUUGCCAGCAGCUGCUGCUGCAGCCCAAGAUCCAGUGCCUCGAGCGCAACGAGACGCAAUCGGAGCUGCUGGUGGAUCGCAUUGAGCUGCAGCUGCUGCAUAAUUAUACAAGCAUUGUGGAGGCCAAGCUGCUGCUGAGGGAGGCCAACGUGGAGGAUGACAAGGCGGAGCUGUGGCUGACCUACGCGCUCGUCUACCAGUCAGUUGAGGAACUUAAUGCCAAGCCCAGCUCAGGCGCACUUGGCUACGAGCUUGGAGCACCCCUGCUCCUGGCCAUGCUGCCAAGCGAGAACAACAGCAAACCGGAGUUGCUCAACUACUAUCAGAGCCAGAAUGAGAGCAGCCAAGUCAAUCAGCACUGGCUGAUGCCCUGCAGCCAGAGCUUGGAGCAGCGCCACGCCGUCAGCUUUGGCAUUGACCUGACCAAGCAGUGCCAGCUGAGGCACCUCUCGCCUGUGCCGGGGCACGAGAAUAACACGGACUACUGCCAGCAGCUGCAGCUGGCCAUUUGGCGCCAACUGCUGCCACCCAACUGCACCCAGCUGGAGCAAGUGGCUCAGCUGGUGUUCGUCUCCCAGCUGGGCAGACCGCAGCUGGACAAAUGGCUGCCGCUGCAGCUCAGCUAUGCCGACGGCCAGCCCCACCAGACGCCCAUCCAGGUCACUUACGAUGCCCAACAUCAGACUCUGAGCUGCCGCAACAUGUGGCUCAGCGUCAGCUAUGAAUUCUAUGUCUCCGAGCUGGCGCUGCUCGACGGACGAGUGCCCCAUCAGAGUGUCCUGCAGCAUGCGAGGCUGGUGCUCGGCCAGCGACACGAUCUCGAGUUCGAUGCGGCCGAGCAACAUAUCCAGUUGCCUCUAGCUGUCUCCGUGAUGUUCUUCAAGGCGCAGAACAAGCUGCACAACAAUUCAAAUAAUUUAAUUGCCCUAGAUUCCCACUUGAUAUUCAUCUCUCUUAUAAUUCUUAUGAUUCCAGCUCAAAGAUUUCAACUUAGCUAG